AUGAAUGGCAAUGGCAGCAAUCACGGCAGCCGAGACGACGCCUCAAUUCGGUCAUACUCGUCCAGCAAACGGUCCCGUUCCAUUUACGCUCCAGAUAGGCAAAACUCUCUCGCCGAAGACAUCUACGGCGAAGUCGCUGCCAGUUCAGGAAAUGAGACUGAGGCCGAAGCUGCUUCUGGCUCUGAGCAGGACACACGACCACUCGAUCAAGUCUCGGCCGCCUCGCAUUCCCUGAUCAACGUUCUCAACAUGGCUCCCAAGGACGAAUCACGCCCACCGCUCUUCAACGACGUCAACGAUCAGCUCAACAAUCCGCAAGUACUACAAAAUGCAGACGACAAGACCGUCGUAGCAUACGUCAAGCGUCAAGGUGGCGCAGGCAAGGUCAUCCGAAGACUGGCCAAGGACGUUAGCGACCGCGAUGCUGAGAUCUCGAGGCUUCGCAGAAAAGUAGAGGAUUUUGGUACACUGUUCAAGGACCAUCUCAUGGCUGUCCAUGAGAUGUCGCGAUUGGAAGCCGACCGGACGGUGCGGGAUUCGCCUGUCUUUGCGAAGGCCGCUACGAACGACUUGAAAGAAGAGCUGGAAUCUGCUUCAUCGGACAAUCUGUUUGGCGAGGCUCAAGCCACUCUUUCGACCGACUCGCUUACAGUCACUGCAAACUCGCAAGACUCUGUUCCGCCUCUCGUAAGAAAGGAUACCUCGGCUAGUCCCAGUUUUCCCUCUGGAUCUUCCACUAUUCGUGCUCCUCGCCAUUCUGGUACGAACUUGAAGGUCGAUACCAACAGGAUGCCCAAGCAACGAGGUGGUCUAUUCAACCUUUUCGGUGGUCAAGGCUCACUACGUCAGCCUACAAAACAACAAAACCGGCAUUCAAUUGCUUCCAUGCUGGACCCUAGGAUGCUGGGUAUUCGCAGUCCGAGUGUCGCCCAGUCCACCCGCUCGAAUUCAAUGUCAUCAUACAAGCCUCUUGAGAUGGAACAAAAAAUCGAGAACGAGGAUCUACCGCCACCUUUGCUUGAUAUGAAAGUCAUCAAGAUUAUCUUCCGGGCUUUCAUCGCUGACAAUUAUGGUUUCAUCAUCGACGGACCUCGUGUCCAGCAGUGGCUCUGGUCCUUGGAGAGGCAUCGAUAUGUGCCCAAAAGUCGCACUACCUCCAUCGUCACUCGCGCUACUUCUGGUACACGUUCAGCUUCUAUUACUUCUAUCGAAGAAGGAGAUGAUGAAGAGGCUACUGACAUAGCAGCUCAAGAAGAUGCCCAGAACGAUGGCAACGCUGAGACCAAUGAGGAAUCUCGUCCAUGGCAUGAGUUCCUCACACUCGAAGUCACUAAGCAAGCUCUGCUUUCUCGUCUUCCAAUCCAACUGCAUGGACCCAAAAUGACCGACAGUGCUAGUAUCUCAUCGGUCGACACUGAUGAUGGAAUGCCACGUUUGGAGCAGCUUUGUGAUCCUGCAGACUUUACUACCCAUGCGGAGCGUCUACGUGAUGAGAUUUCGGUCGAGUACACCCAACUCCAAGUUGCCAGAGAUCAAGCCUACGACAGACUGAUGGCCAAGGUGGAAGAGCCGAAGCUUGCUAGCAACAGAUUCUCGCGCAUCUUUACCAACACGACAGAAACAGUACCCAAGAAUCGUGUUGAGGCCAUGGGCACCAGUACUGUAGGCAUUGCUAAUCUUGCACAAUCUGGCGUCAGUGGUCCUUUCGUCAAGUUUGUUCUUGACGGUAUUCCGAUGAAGACGCGUGCCAAGAUCUGGCUGGAAAGUGCACAAUCGAGCAUUCACUAUUCGCCCGAGGACUUCACCAUGUUGGCGACCGAAUAUUACACUCAUCCUGAUGAUCAGCGAUAUCUGCACGACAUUGAGAUGGACACCCCACGCACUCUGACCAACAAUGUAUACUUUCGCAAAGAGAAGAAUCAGGAUGCGCUAGCCCUGCUACUCGGUUGUUUCGCCAUAAGAAACAAGGACAUCGGAUACUGUCAAGGCUUCAACAUUAUUGCUGGCUAUCUUCUACUCGCCAUGCCGACUACUGAGCAAGCCUUCUGGGUCUUCUGCUUCCUCAUCGAGAAAGUGUUGCCUGCAUCAUACUUCACAGCCGAACACGAUUGGCAAGGUCCGCGUGCUGAUACCAUUGUACUACGUCACUACAUCCGCACAUUACUCCCUCGUCUGGGCACUCAUCUCGAUGAGCUCGACGUCCUGGAUGAGCAGACAGUGCCGAUAAACUGGUUCCUAACAGCCUUCGCUUCCACUCUAUCAGUAGAGGCACUGUUCCGUGUCUGGGAUGUUGUACUAGGCAUUCCUGGACAGAACCAGCAAGUCUUCCUUCUGCAUGUAGCUAUCGCACUUCUGAAGCUCAAUGAAGACGAACUGUUGAAGUUGGACUCGGCUGCUGCAGUGUACGAUUACAUGGACCGAAAGAUGGCAAGAGGUGUCGUCACUAUUGACGGAUUGAUCCAAGCAUCUUCGCGUCUCGGACCAAUUGUCACGGCAAAGAGUGUGGAGAAGAGGAGAGCCGAAGCUGCUAAGACGUUGUAG